UCUGAAUUUUCUCUUUUCAAACUCUGUUCCCAAAUGGACAUCAUGAGCGUCGUGUGCACCCCUCGUUCCCCGUGCCCUCUGAUCGCUCUUCCCCAAGUCUAUCACCUGUUUUCCCUGGAAUAUGGGACUCACGCUGUAGCACCCCUGCCUUUGAUAAAUCUCGGACUUAACCCUUUCACUCCUGCUCUGCCCCAGGAAAAGAAAACUUGUGGAUUGCAGGAUUUUAGCAUUAGGUCCAUACUAUCCCAGGAAUUCUGCAGAGAUGGUCAGGGAGCAAGAAUGGAACGUGGGUAUCAGGCUUCCCUGGACAAUCCCUGGAGAAGACAGAAGGGAUCACCACAGGAGGAUCCCAGAGGAGAACAUCAGUAUUCCUGGAUCCACUGCACCCGAUUCCAGCCUCCAAGAAUACCAAAGCUGAAGCGCGCUGUGGGGUCCCGCAGGGCAUCCAGGAGCCCCCGUGUCCCCUUCACCCCCCCUCAGCUCACCCUGCUGGAGAGGAGCUUCACUCGAACCCGCUACCUGAGCUCCUGCCAGGUCCGGGACGUUUCCUCUGCGCUCGGCCUGACUGAGAACAGGGUGAAGAUCUGGUUUCAGAAUCGAAGAGCGAGAGAGAGGAGGGACUACCAGCGUAAGCAAGGCAGUGAGGCACCAGCUGCAGCCAAUGAGAAGUCAACCCCUGUGGGGCAGGAGCAGCAGCAGACAGUGGGAGAUCACACUCUGGGUUCCAACAGCAGCUCAGAGACCGGGUCUUGUUCACAAUAG